AUGUGCUCACAGUUCGAUAGAGCGUUGACAUACAUCACGAGCUUUACGAGCAAGAAAGAGCAACCCAUCUACAACGCCUUGAUCGGUUUGUGCUGGGGAACAGGCUGCAUACUGGGUCCUGUUAUCGGUGGAGGCUUUGCAGUCAGUUCUGCGACUUGGAGAUGGGCCUUCUACAUCAACCUACCCUUGGCCGGUCUCAUCUCUCCAGUCUACCUCUUCCUUCUGCCGACUCACAACCCCAAGCCGGACAUUGGUACUAUGCAAAAGCUCGCUACAGUUGACUGGCUAGGCGCUUUCUUGUUUGCUGGCAUGUUCGCUAUCUUGCAGGUUGCUCUCACGUUCAGCGGUUCACUGUGGAAGUGGAACGAAGCUGGUCCGAUCGCACUUUGGGUUGUGUUUGCCGUCUUUCUUAUCGCCUUCAUCGUGCAACAGGGUUUGAGUAUCGCCACCACACCGUCGCACCGUCUGUUCCCGGUCCACUUCCUCAAAAGCAGGACUAUGAUUCUACUCUACACUGGAACCGCGGCAUCGUCAACUGGACUCGGUCUCGGCGUCUACUACAUCCCAAUCUUCUUCCAAUUCACCAAGGGCGACUCUCCAAUCAAAGCUGCCGUACGAUUGCUUCCGUACAUCUGUGUUUUUGUAACAGCAGUGAUGCUUAGUGGUGGCCUCUUACCAGUCCUCGGUCGCUACCAGCCAUUCUACAUCGUCAGUGGUGUUUUGAUAGUCAUUGGCGGCGCCUUGAUGCAUACCGUUCAUCUGGAGACCUCCACGACGAGCAUAUACGGCUACGAGGUCUUGAUGGCUUUCGGAGCAGGAAUGAGCAUGCAAGUGGCCUACUCGGUCGCUGUGGCCAUUGCCGACAAGAUCGACACUUUAAACGCAGUAGGAUUUAUCAAUGUGGCUCAGAUCGGCUCCCUGUCCAUCGGUCUCAGUAUCGCCGGUUGCUUGUAUCAGAAUCUUGGGUUUGACAACAUCAAAAACGCCCUUGCGUCAUAUAGCUUCUCGGACACCGAGAUCAGAGCUGCACUUGGAGGUGCCCAUUCUGCCAUUCUGGCUAGUGGGGAUCUGGUGCUGCAGCGCUUGGUCCUCGGAGCCAUCGCUGCUACGCUUAGGGAUAUCUGGAUCUUGACUAUUGUUGCAGGUGCAGUCGCUCUUGUUAGCGGAGUGCUCAUGAAGAGAGAGAAGCUGAACCUUGAGAUGACGGCUGGAGGUUGA